UUUCGUCGACAUCUCUCAUCUUGCUGCUAUCAUACGCAAUGGCUGCUGCUUGGGUCUCACCUGCAACGCGCACAGAUCUCAUCGAAGACCUUGUUUCCGGCGUCGACAGAUACAACCCAUCGAACGUUGGAAUCCUCGAAGAUUACCUCUACCACCAAAUCCGUAGUCAGGAAUACGACUGUCUGGCUAACCUCGCGAUUCUAAAACUGUACCAAUUCAAUCCCGACCUGUACAAUCCCGAUGUUGUCGUCAACAUCCUCCUCAAAGCCCUCACCGCUUCCCCACUUCCCGACUUCAACCUGUGUAUCAGUCUACUCGAUGAGAGGCCGAUCAACGCCACCCUCGACGAACCCGACCCACUUCCCACCCUCCUCCCUGCCUUGAAGCAGCUCCACGACCUGUUGUACCGAUGUCGUUUCCCCGCUUUCUGGCAGGUGUACAACUCGGACGAGCUGGAGACGCUCCGAGACAACUACACUGUGGAAGUGUCGGGAUUCGAAGAUGCCGUGCGAGAGGUUGUCAUUCGUGCGGUGAAGGCCACGUUCACGAGUAUCUCCACUGAGCGGUUAGGAUCCUACCUCAAUCUGAGUGGCACGGAUCUCGCCGGGUUCGUCUCGAAGAAGGAGUGGAAAGUCGAGUCCGAUGUUGUGACUAUUCCCCCAAAUCCCGACAACCAAAUCGAAUCGGUUGUCCUCCAAGAAAAUAUCAAGCUUCCCCAGCUAACAAAGGUCAUAGCACACGGUGCCAACUAGUACUUUGUAUUUCCUGUACUUGCAGAACUCGGCGAACGAAUGGCAUUAUGAUUGGAAUUACACGAAGGAUACAGGUCUA